AAGGCGCAGGCGCAUGCCCAGCCGCAGCAGGUGCUGGUGGGGCGGGCGAGGCCCUGCGGCCUCCCCUUUAAGAACCGCCGCCGCCCACGGCCCGCCGCUGCGGUAGGGACCUCCCCUUUAACGCGGCAGCUCGGUGCUCGGUGCUCGCUGCCCCCGCGGCGGCCGCUGCCGCUACCGCAACCUCUCAGCCUCGGGCAGCCGCAUCCUUGCCGCGCCGGCCCGCCAUGGUGUCGUGGAUCAUCUCUCGCCUGGUGGUGCUCAUCUUCGGCACCCUGUACCCAGCCUAUUCUUCCUACAAGGCCGUGAAGACCAAAAACGUGAAAGAAUAUGUGAAAUGGAUGAUGUACUGGAUCGUCUUUGCCUUCUUCACCACGGCUGAGACCCUCACAGACAUUGUGCUCUCCUGGUUCCCCUUCUACUUUGAGCUCAAGAUCGCCUUUGUGAUUUGGCUGCUGUCCCCUUACACCAAGGGCUCCAGCGUGCUCUACCGAAAGUUCGUGCACCCAACACUGUCCAACAAGGAGAAGGAGAUCGACGAAUACAUCACACAGGCCCGGGACAAGAGCUAUGAGACCAUGAUGAGGGUAGGCAAGAGGGGCCUAAACCUGGCCGCCAAUGCUGCUGUCACAGCUGCUGCCAAGGGCCAGGGGGUGCUGUCAGAGAAGCUCCGGAGCUUCAGCAUGCAGGACCUGACGCUGAUCCGAGAUGAGGAUGCACUGCCCCUGCAGGGGCCAGAGGGCCGCCUCCGCCCCAGCCCUGCUGGCCUCCUGGACACCAUUGAGGACUUAGGUGAUGACCCUACCCUGAGUUUAAGGUCUACCACAAUCCAAGCAGAUCCCCGAACAGAGGCCUCAGAGGAUGACAUGGGAGACAAGGCCCCCAAGAGGGUCAAAUCCAUCAAAAAAGUGCCCAAAGCUGAGCCACUGGCUUCUAAGACAUUGAAGACCCGGCCUAAGAAGAAGAGCUCUGGUGGGGGUGACUCAGCGUGAUGUCCUCAGCCCAGGCCACAGUGUGCAGAGUGAGGAGGAAGCCCCAGAGUGCAGCCCCAGCCCCUGCUCCACACUGUGCACCAGCCCAGGUGUCUCAACACUGGGCCCCCCUCAGGCAGCCAUUUCUGGGGCCCACCCAGUAGCCACUUUGCUGGAGGGGGCCUGGAAAAGAGGGAGGCCCAGCUGUGGAGGUUGAUGGCAGAGGCUGGCCCAGGCUCUGUGGACUGAGCCCCCAAGGAGAUGGGGUCUCCCCAGGCUGGCCACUCCUCUCCCUGCUCCAGCCCUGCGCCGCCCACCCAGUGCCUUGCUGAAGACUGUGGCCAGCCCUUCUCUGAGCCCUGAUAUGCCCACUGCUUUCCCCAGGUUGAGAAGGGGUACAGUUGCAGAACAGAUGGGCAAGGAGGGACCUGCAGACACUAGGAGAAAGGGAGCAAAUGGGCACAGGCUUUGGGGAUCUGGACAGCUGCCAGUGCAGGACAUGGGGUUCAUGUGGGAUUAAAUGGGCAGGAUGGCCCACCCAGAGCUUCAGCUGGGGGCCUGUGUGCUUCCUGUCCCUACUAGAGAGAUGGGGCUCCAGGGGUGUGUGUGUGUGUGUGUGUGUGUGUGUGUGUGUGUGUGUGAGAGAGAGAGAGAGAGAGAGAGAGAGAGAGAGAGAGAGAGAGAGAAUGUGUGCAUCUUACCAGGGCUGGGGCAGAGGGAGUUUGGGUGAAGGACUCUCCCUCAGGGGUCACCUUGUCCCACUCUUUCCUGACCUUUUUCCUGACCCUUUCUGCUAGUCUCUGAGCCUCAAAGGACCCCAACCCAUCACAGCAUGGGGCUCCAAGGCACCUCUUACCUACCGCUGUGUCCUUGAUCACUGUCCCCUCACUUGUUCCCAGCCUUGCUGGCCCUGGACUGGACUCAUCCACUCCUGGGGCCCACCAUAGAAGGCCUGCUGAGCUGGCUUCUUUCUUCCCAGGGGGACCCAUCCUUCCUUGCCCAGGGUCCCCUGCCUGUGCCAAGCAAACCCCUGUGAGUCCAGCUCAGCCCCACACCCUGCCCUGCUUCUGCCAUGGCUUCAGUCAGGGCCAGGAGGAACUUGUGAAGGAAAGAGAGAGAGGCAGCAGCCAGGGGGCUCCCAGUUCCUUGGAAGAGGCUGCCCAUUGGACCUUUGUCACUGGAUGAGCCAAUAAACCAAACUCUGGCACCUCA